AUGGCUGUCAAGAUGAAUCCAACACAACGACAGAAUUAUCAGCUAGGGCAACUCACUCUGUGGACUCGACUUUGGCCCUGGAAUCCUUGGGAUAGGGAACUUUGGCAAGAUUGGCUUGUGAUAUGUAGCUGGCGACGACCAAAGUCGAUGACCACCGUCCAACGUGCAAUACUUGUGGAAAUAACAGACUCCUUGCAGAUUUCGGAAGAGUAUCAACGCCAGAGAGUAAUUGGGAGCCAAGUUAGUGGCCACGAUGUUACAGAGGAGGCCUGGAGAAGUUUCCUCCAACAUGCAGCAGAUGAUCUGGAUAUCCCGGAGUUGGAUCCAGAUGAGACUGGGCCAUGUGAGGAUUCAACGAACCCUGUAUUGGACCCCCCGCCAGCAGCAGUAUUGGAGGGCGAAGCAAGUUCUCAACCAACCUCAAAAGAUCCUCGCACCGACAGUAUAAUAGAGACUCCCAAGCCAGCUCCACAGCCGAAAGUCACCUUUGCUCAUGGGUUCCUAGAUGCUUUCAAGUUUAACGAAAUCGCCUGGCUAAAGCAUCUAGAGACACCUGCCUGGAAUGGGCCUAUCCAUAGUGCCGUUGGAUCAGCCGUUAUUGCAAUCUUACCCCGCGAACCUUCCAAGUGGCUUGAGGUGCCUCUUUCUAGGACGAAAAUGUUGACUAGUUCCUACUUUAAUACUUUCGGUCUCCUUUAUCCAUUACUGGAUCGAGACGACUUCACACGAGUAACAUUUCCUAUGACUCUGAAAUCCCCGGGAGACGCUACUGAAAACACAAUUCUGACCCUGCUUGUAAUGGCACUUGGAGAACUGGCUCACGAGGUAGCACCCACUUCCCAGGGUACAGUUGGCGAGCCAGCAGACCAUCUCCUGGGUCAUUUCUUAUUCGAUAAAGCAAGACAGCGAAUAGGACUUGCCUCCACAAGUUACACAUUGGGAAGUGUCCAGAUAUUCUGUUUGAUUGCUCUCUAUUACGGUCAAUGCGGUCGAUACAUGGAGAUGUGGCAUGCUGGAACGACUGCAGCGCAUAACUGCCUGAUACUUCUUUCACAAGGACCGAUAGACUACUCCGUCAAAGAAGGACAGCAGAUUGCCCUUGCUUACUGGAAUUGCAUGAUAAUAGAGACCAUCAGCCACUGGGAACUGGGACUCCCUAAGACUGAUCUCGACCGCUUUGAGAGUACUAUCCCAAUGCCGAACUUCAUCGGUGCUGAGAACCCAGUUGAUAGACUGUGCGAGCAGUUAUGCAAAUUCCGCCUACGCUUCUUUGUCUAUGUCAGCCUCAUUCGAUUUUACAGAACUGUCCGUAAUAUACUCUCUGAGGAGGACUGGGAAGCUGAGGUCCCUCAUCGCCUUGGAAUUGGCCAACCGGUGAUUUACAGCGAUAUCUCUGCCGUAGUUGAGGGUUGGCCCAAUUGUGUGCCAGACGGAUUGAAGUGGACGAUGGACCUACCUCUAACCAGUAUCCCGGCGCAAGGUCGGUUUACUGUGCAAACAUCAAGCACAAUUCCGCUUGGAGCGUUGGUUCGGCCACUCCUGUAUGGAAGGCUUAGAAUGUUGCACACGCAUGUCCAAUAUUGCAUAUACCGGCCAUACCUGUAUAAGGUAUUGCAUUUUCCGGAACAGGCUUCCAGCGAGGAUAUCGAGAAGAGUUUAUUGUGCUUGAAGGCUAGCGUUGCUGUCCCGAUGUAUCUGCACGCAGCUAAAGAUAUAAAACGGAUGGUGCCAUACCCGUUCGUAUGGACUCAGACGGUUUUAGGAAUCGUUCUCCUCUUCCAAAUGGCCAGCUGCAAUCCUCUCUUGAAAGAUUGGAAAGAGAAGUGCCAUGCCCCUGCGGACAUCGAGGUGGUGACGCAGGCGAUUCUCGAAUGGAUACACGGGAUGCGCGAGGGGGAUGGAAUUACAAAGUGGGCGUCGGAUGUUUUGAGAGAGAUGGAGUUGGCUCAAGAGAUAUGCCAGGGAUAGGUAGCGAGGCUCUGCUGGUUGGAAGGGGUGGGAAGUGGGGUCACGUGGUUCGGGUUGUCCUUGGAAGAGAAGGAAGGAGAAAGAAAUGGGGGUUAUUGCACUUGUAUAUAAAUACUGUAUGCUUAUCCAUCUAAUGGCUC